GCGGCGGCCAACCGGGGCUGACAGGGAGAACCAUGGCCGGCUUGGUGGACUUCCAGGAUGAGGAGCAGGUGAAAUCCUUUCUGGAGAACAUGGAAGUGGAGUGCAACUACCAGUGCUACCGCGAGAAGGACCCGGACGGCUGCUACCGGCUGGUGGACUAUUUGGAAGGGAUCCGGAAGGACUUCCAUGAGGCUGCCAAGGUAUUGAAGUUCAACUGUGAAGAAUACAAGCACAGCGACAGCUGUUAUAAACUGGGGUCCUAUUAUGUGACUGGAAAAGGUGGACUGAGCCAGGACCUGAAGGCGGCUUCCAGCUGCUUUCUGAUGGCCUGCGAGAAGCCUGGAAAGAAGUCCGUGGAAGCAUGUCACAACGUUGGUCUCCUCGCACACGACGGACAGGUUAACGAGGAUGGCCAGCCCGACCUGGGCAAGGCCAGGGACUACUAUACAAGGGCCUGUGACGGUGGCUAUGCCUCCAGCUGCUUCAACCUCAGUGCCAUGUUUUUGCAGGGCGCGCCCAACUUCCCCAAGGACAUGGGCCUGGCAUGCCAAUACUCACUGAAAGCCUGUGAGCUAGGCCACAUCUGGGCCUGUGCCAAUGCCAGCCGCAUGUACAAGCUGGGGGAUGGUGUCGAUAAGGACGAGGCCAAGGCUGAGCUACUCAAAAACCGGGCCCGGCAGCUACACAAGGAACAGCAGAAAAGUGUGCAGCCCCUAACAUUAGGGUGACGUGGCUCACUCCCACUCUGGGAAAACAAAGAGACUGAGGCUGGCACUUCCUCUUUCCGAGACCUGUCACAGCAGCCCUUGAAGGUCACAGAAUGAAGCAGGAAGAACUUGGGACUUGGUAUCAGUAGCUCUGUUUACAUAGAUCCAUUGCCCCAACAGCCUGCAAAGUUUAUUUCAAUCACUAUUGCUUUAACUAUGAAGACCCACCUGAGUUUAUGGGAUCUUUAAUUUUAUUUUCUGGCAGCUCUGAAAAAUAGGAGCCUCCCAAAAAGAGCCAUAAAGGUUGGGGGAGGGAAACAGUGCCUGGCCCUUGGGAAAAUUAGCAGCCACAGGGCCCCCAAAGCAGCCCCAGCUCAGCAUCUUGAUUUGCUUAGUAGAGGUUCAAUAGACCUGACUGACAGCCUGUGACUUAACCCUUCCUGUGGACUUGCUUUUGUCGCUAGAGAUGAGGAGACCGAGGCCACAUCCAGCUUGCAGGUUGUACCCCCAUGGGUUGCUGGUGAAGAGGACACCCAGUGAGGCAGCACCACCUCCCCAACCUGGCCCUCCUGGCUCAGCAUCCGGAGGAAGCAGACUCCAUCUCUCUCCAGGCAGCUGGAGCUGGGAUUUGUUUUAAU